AUGACAACCAGCGAAUCUGCAGUACGCAGUCGUCCUAUUGCUACUAGCAAGAAGCAGGAUGACAUUGUUGAAUCAGUAAAAAAGACUGCUUCUGGAAAGAAUGCCCAAAAGGGUGCCAGUAAUUGGGGUCGUUCAUGGAACAUUGGCAUCCUUACCGUUAUCGGAUGCUACUUUCUUCUUGCUUUUUGUCCUGUGCUCGUUACUUAUUUUUGGCUUUCAUGCGAUUCGUUUCAAUGCUCCGUCGUUGCUCCUAUUGAGUAUGCCGUUGCAAAUGGACUUGAAAAACUGCUAGAAAACUAUCUUCCCAGACCUACUACUUUUGGAUUUCAGCUCUACUUUGGAUGGCUGGCUUUUCAGGCUGUUCUCUACUCUGUUCUUCCAGGAAAGAUUGGGUACGGCCAAACUACUCCUGCUGGCCACACCUUACCAUAUGUUGUAAACGGUCUACUGGCUUGGUUUGUCACUCAUGCUCUCUUUAUUGCUGGAUCUCUGUACUAUGGAUUUUUCAAGGCAUCCAUCAUCGCUGAUAAUUGGGGUGCGCUUUUGAUUGCUGCCAACGUGUACGGCUACUUUUUGACAUUCUUCUCGUACUUCAAGGCAUAUGUCUUUCCAUCACACUCUGAAGAUCGCAAAUUCUCUAGCUCUUUUGUGUACAAUCUCUUUAUGGGAAUUGAAUUCAAUCCUCGUUUUGGAAAAUACUUUGAUUUCAAGCUGUUCCAUAAUGGUCGUCCUGGAAUCAUUGCCUGGACUUUGAUCAACUUCUCAUUUGCUGCUGCUCAGUACAACAAGAUUGGAUAUGUGACCAACUCUAUGCUGCUUCUCAACUGGCUUCAUGCUGUAUACGUUCUUGACUUUUUCUACAACGAGGAUUGGUACCUUCGGACUAUUGACAUUGCUCACGAUCAUUUUGGGUUCUAUCUUGCAUGGGGUGAUACUGUUUGGCUUCCAUACAUGUAUACUUUGCAAUCACACUUUCUUCUCCGCAACACAACUGAUCUUUCCUGGCCUGUUUUUGGCGCUGUUUUUACCAUUGGUAUGGUUGGGUACUACAUUUUCCGUACUGUAAACAACCAAAAAGAUCUUGUUCGCUCCACCGAUGGCAAAUGCUUGAUCUGGGGAAAACCUGCCAAGAUUAUUCGUACCGAGUUUACUACCACCAAUGGCAAAACCCAUCGUUCUCUGCUUCUUAUUUCUGGAUACUGGGGAAUCUCUCGUCACUUCAACUAUGUCGGUGAUCUGCUGAUUUCCACUGCCAUGUGCAUGACGUGUGGGUUUGACCAUAUUCUUCCCUACUUUUAUAUUGUUUACAUGUCGAUCCUGCUGAUGCAGCGUAUUGAACGUGAUCAUCUUCGAUGCCAAGGAAAAUAUGGCAAGUUUUGGGACAUGUAUUGCGAGCAAGUCCCUUAUAAACUUAUCCCUUACCUUUUCUGAUGUGUCUGGGAUCUGUAAUGGUCUUUGAUUUUCUUUGCAUGCUCACUAUUUUAUUUGCCAAGAAUUUACUACGCCAAGUGCUAGAAUGAAUGUGCGAUUUUACUGGUUACUGCU